CUUAAAUAGAGAGAGAGAUGAAAGCCACGAAAUUUCGAGGACAAGAUUUGACAAACGGGAAGAGCCUCUGUUGUUUCGGCCCCGCCCCCAACCAUCGGAGCCGCGGGUCUUCCUCCGGCCGAUAGCAAAGGCGGCGACUUGCUCGAGCGAGGUCGCGUCCAUGGCGUCUUCUUCUUCCUCUUCGGCCUCGGUGAUCACCCCGGAAGACGUCUUGGAGUCGCUCAUGAACGACGGCACCAUCGACGCUCUCCGGCUGAAGAUCAUCAACCAGCUCAAAGCCAACGAGGAGCUGAAGAGCACCACGAUUAAAAUGGCUGAGCAGAGCAAAGUUCUUAAUACCCCCGGAGCCGAGAAACAGACCAAGAGAGAGCUGUUCGAUGCUCUGCGCCAGGAGCUAGAGGCCCCAGUGCUUGAGAAGGCUUCCAAAUCUGUUUGGGAGUUAAUUCUUGACAGUAAUGGGCUGGGGAAAGAAAUAAGUGAGACAGUAGAAAGAGUUUUCUGUCGAUUAAGUGGAAGAGAAGCCCCACUAUUUGUUGAAGCACAACCAGAUAGAGCAAAAGAUGAGCCCAGAGGCAAAGAGAAGCAUGCUAAUGUUGACAAUGGAACAGACGAAAUUCACUCUGCUUCAAAGAAGAGAAGUUUUGGUGAUAUGAACUGAGAGUAGAUGGAUUUGUAAAGGAAUCGGGCAAUUGUUGCCGUCCUACCUUUUUAAGCGCUUUGAGGACAUGAUCCACUCAGCUGAACUUUAUAUGAAAUGUGUGAAAGAGUCCAUUAUGAGACCUUUAAGCAGAACAUUUCAUCAGUUCUUUCAGGAUUUGAAGCAGCAUGUCAAUUGUCAAGCAGCAUCUUUGGGAAGAUGUCACUGUCAGUUUUAUGACAGGACUUGAAGUUUUGAAUAUAACUGUAGUUUCUGUGCUCUA